AUGAACGGAACUACUAAGGUCAAUGGCACGAAUGCCCACUACAAAGACGGGUCCCUGCGGCCUCAAAACACUCCCCGGAAGGCCUCCUCGCCUAUGGCCCCUCCAUUCAUGGUCUCUGCUCCAGGAAAGGUCAUUGUGUUUGGCGAACAUGCAGUUGUUCACGGAAAGGCGGCCAUGGCUGCAUCCAUCUCCAUGCGCUCAUAUCUCCUCGUCACUACACUCUCCAAGUCUCAACGGACCGUCCAGUUGGUCUUUCCAGAUGUCGGUCUCGACCAUACCUGGAAUAUCGACGAUCUGCCAUGGCACACCUGGGAGAAGAUCAAAAAGCCUCGAUAUUACGAUAUGGUCACCUCUUUAGACCCUGAGCUGGUCAAAGCUAUGCAACCGCACGUUGAUCCUGUCUCUCCACAUCUCACUGGCGAGAAGAAAAGGAUUCAUGUCCAUGCAGCCUCCUGCUUCCUCUAUCUCUUCCUCACUCUCAGUAGCCCAAAAGCCCCCGCCAGCAUAUACACGCUCAGGUCAACCUUGCCAAUCGCGGCAGGAUUGGGCUCAAGUGCAAGCGUCUCGGUCUGUAUCAGUGCAGCCCUUCUCAAGCAAAUUCAUGUCCUCUCGGGACCUCACGAGGACCAGCCGGAGGAAGAAGUGGAUCUCCAGCUUGAGAGAAUUAACAGAUGGGCUUUCGUUGGCGAGCUUUGCAUUCACGGAAACCCCAGCGGCAUAGACAACACCGUCUCAACUCGAGGGAGGGCAGUACUCUUCAAAAGGACGGACUACAAAAAGCCUCCCACUGCAACUCCUGUCAAAGAUUUCCCAGAACUACCUUUACUUUUAAUAAACACAAACCAAAGUCGGUCUACGGCUGCUGAAGUGGCCAAGGUUGGCCUCAUGAAGAAAAAAUAUCCCGCGGUGACAGAGGCCACCCUGGACAGCAUCGACGAGGUCACUAUGUCAGCAUACAACCUCAUCAAUUCGGAUGACUUCGACUCCGAGUCAGAGAAAAAUAUUGAACAUCUAGGAGACCUGUUCCGAGUCAAUCACGGACUAUUGGUGUCAUUAGGAGUCUCCCAUCCGAAACUGGAAUACAUUCGAGAAUUGAUUGACUACGCUGGGAUUGGCUGGACCAAACUAACAGGCGCUGGCGGGGGUGGUUGUGCUAUCACUCUAUUAAAGAACGAUACUGGACCCGAGUCUUUGCGAGAUCUGCACCAAAAGUUCGAGGCGGCAGGGUUUACAGAAUUCAGAACCACGCUCGGUGGUAGUGGAGUCGGCAUGCUAUAUCCCGCAGUCCUCCGCAACGGGACCGAAGAAGAAGGUGGCGAAGAAAUUGACCAGCAGAAAUUCCUGAACGCAGAGGGACCCGAGGAUAUCGAGGACCUGGUCGGUGUUGGUCUCUUACAAAGAAGGCCUGAGUGGAAAUUUUGGCAGUGA